AGAGUGGACAUGUUCCAGCAGAACAUCUUCUUCACCCUUAAAGGAAGGUCUUCCUACGCCACUGUUCCGGGAGCUCUGGUGUCCCUGCUCGCGGUGAUUGUUUUGGCGGCAUAUGGAGGAGCCUUGAUGCUGAGAAUGGUUAAACGGAGGGAAGUCAACUGGAGCACCAAUUCAUAUUUUAAUGAUCUUAAAUAGUGAUGAUAGUAUGUUAGAGCUCGAUGAUAAUCAUCCAAAAAUAAUGCUAAACUACCGUUUUGAAGAGCCUGAUUCUUUUCCUAAAGAAAUCGAUCUUUCAGGCUAUUCUCAAUAUGUCAAAAGAUCCCAUGACAAUUAUAAAUUUUCUGGGAAAUACUUUUCUCAUGGAACUCCAGUCCUUGAGAAAACAGAAAGAAAUGAUGACAUUGGCGAGAAUAUAAUAUCCCAAUUCCAAACUAGAAGGACUGGCUUACUAAAGUUUGUUAGAGUUUCUAGGGGAAGGCCCAAUUUUAAGGAUCCAUGAAGUGACUACAGCAGAAAUACUACACAGAUAUUUCUGAUUUUUCGUCCGAAAAUAUUUAAAGGUUAUUUACAAUUUUAUGACUGCAGAGAAGAAUUUGACUCUGACCUGAUAAGCAGAGGUACUUACAGAAGUGAUGUCAAAUACAUUUGCCCAAAAUUCACAGGUUUUCAGUACUCAGGCAAUGAGCUUAAUUCUAAGAGCCAUUACUUAUCGAUUCUUUUUAUCAAUCCUUGAAAAUCUGGAUGUGUGAGUCUGAGUACGACAGAAUGGGAGGAAAUGUUCAAAACCAGUCGCUUAAAUGUGUUUGUGAAGAAUAAAUAUGUGGAUCUUAAUGACAUCGACAACCCCUUUAAAUCCAGAACAACAAACUAUAAGUUCUAUAAUACCUCAGAAGGAGGAUUGGUAGCAUACUUUAACUUGAUAAAACAUGAAGUAAUCCUAGAAGACUCAUAUUGGCCGACCUGGAGAAUAUGGACAGAACCUAACCCAAUUGUUUUCUAUACAUUGGAACUACACCAAGAGUCAGCUUUGCAUAGAAAAGAAUUCAAAAUUGUGAUUGAAACGGGAGACGAAGUCAGACAAUAUAGGAGGAAAUUCCUCUCCUUUCUAGAAGUUACAGGAACCAUUGGAGGUAUCUUCGAACUCAUUGAGAUCAUAUUUGGCUUUGCCAUUGGGAUCUAUUCUUCAUACAUGUUCAAGCGAGACCUUACGAAGUACCUCAACCAAGCUAGUCAUGAUGUGGAGCAGAUUGAGGGAGUGCUUCAGGAGGGCAACCAAGAAGAUUCUAAGAUAAAAGAAAAAUCGAACAGAUUAAAACCAGAUGAAGAAUUGAAAGAGCUUGAAUUUAAAGGAAACUGAAUAGAUGAAGAAUCAAAAAUUAACGAUAGUUCUAAUUUAAUGAUUGCUCAACUAAAUUCUUUUCAAAAUAAAAAUCCUUGCAAGUAACAACAUUGAAAUGAAACAAAAAGAACCUUCAGCUUCCAAACAUAAAUCCAUCCACGAGAAACUAAUGCCUUUUGAAUCUGAGAAGUUUCUCGAUUACGAUUCAUUCAAAAGCAACCUCGACUGAGUUCAAAUUAUCAAAGACAUCAAAGUGCUACAACAAAAAGUGGCGUUUCUCAUCGAAACGAGUCCAGUCUUGAAUGAUCAAGCCACACUCACUCAUGCUAAAAAGACACAGAAAUAACUCUGAAGCCAAUAGGGCAGGAGUCAGCAACAAAGGGGGCGCCAAUAUAAACAAGAAUUAUACAAUGGCCACGAAAACUCAAGGGAGAGAUCCAAAGAGAAGUCGAGUGUUCCCAUUCUCAGACUCAAAAACUUGUUCUUCCAAAUAGCAUUUGUAAGCCUCGACUGUUUAAAAGUCCGAGCAAGUUCAAAAGCAGAAUUCUAAACUACAAAGCAGAAGACAGCCAAGAAGAAGAGCCUAAAUCUGAUUCCAUAGAUGCAUCCAAAAGCUUUGAUUACCUUUAA